ACCCACAAAACACGACUAGGGUAAAAGACGAGUGUUCUAUCACAAAUGAUAAGAACGCACUUCAGAUGCAGCUUAUCAGCGUAAGAGCAACGACUGACAAAUAUCUCAUGGUUUACACAGUUUGAAAGGUAGUUGACAAUAGUGAACAUGGCAGACAUGUAUCAACUGGUGCUGGUUUUAGCAUUAACAUGCCUGCUAUCAAGCAGUGUUAACACAACUGACACAAACUAUAGACUGAAUACCCCGAUAGUACCAUCCCAGUACCAGAUACUGAUCACACCAUACUUUGCUACGGGUGAUGCAAACCAGUUCACGUUUGAUGGUACAGUCAGCAUACUGUUCAAAACUGCAGAAAUCACAAACCAGAUAAAACUGCAUUCUGAAGACUUGACUAUUACUCCUGAUAAUGUAGUAGUAGUUAUCUACAACACAGGAGCGACUAUAGGAGUUACCGCUGCGAAUGGCCUUGAAUUUAAUACAACCUACACGUUUGCUUACAUCAAUUUGGAUAGCAGCUUGGAACCGGGAGUUGAUUAUGUUUUGCAGAUCAAGUAUAAAGGACCGAUUAGAAAGGAUCUGAGUGGAUUUUACAGGAACCAUUAUUAUGAGAAUGGUGUUACGAAAUGGCUGGGUGCUACCCAAAUGGAGCCAACUCACGCGAGGAAGGUAUUCCCUUGUUUCGAUGAACCAGAGCUGAAGGCUACGUUCAUAAUCGCUAUUGAUAGACCUGCUUACUACCAGCCAUCAUUAUCUAAUACUGAAAUGGAAAGGAGAGAGACUUUGAGCAAUGGCUUGAUAAGAGAGAUUUUCUACCCUACACCAAGAAUGUCAACAUAUCUGGUAGCGUUUUUAGUCUCCGAAUUUGAAGCUGCUGCAUCCAGUCUAAACGGGACCCAAGAAUUUGGGGUCUACACUCGACCAGAAGCGAAGAAUCAGAGUACAUACGCUUUUGAAUUUGGAAAGAAAGUGGUAGAUGCUUUGGGCGGGUAUUUUGGCAUCAAUUACUACUCCACAAAUAAUCGUUUGAGAUUAGACCAUGUAGCAUUGCCAGAUUUUAGAGCAGGUGCUAUGGAAAACUGGGGUCUUAUUAAAUACAGAGAGGCCUUAUUACUCUACGUUCCUGAAGUGUCAACUCCUUACUUCAAAUACCGGGUUGCUCAAAUUGUGGCCCAUGAGACCACUCACAUGUGGUUCGGCAACCUCGUCACCUGCCACUGGUGGAGCAACACUUGGUUGAACGAAGGAUUUGCCAACUACUUCCAGGAUUACAUCACUGCCUUCGUGGAUCCAGAAGUAGGUUCAGAGGACAUGCUGGUGACAGGAUCAGUAUACAGCGCUUACGAUGCCGACAAUAUGGCGUCUUCCCCGCCAAUAUCAAACGUCAAUGUCAAUUCUCCCGCCGAAAUUAGUGGCCAUUUUGGAACCAUCACGUACCAGAAGGCGGGAUCAGUUAUCAGAAUGAUGCACCAUUUAGUUCAGGAUAAUGCUUUUAGACACGGAUUGAAUUUCUACUUGAAUAAUAAUUCAUUCAGUUCUGGCUACCCAGAGAAGCUUUACCAAGGCUUGCACGAAGGAGUAUCAGCUUACAACGCUCUGUCUUCCUACCCUGGUGCUAAUAUUGCUGACGUCAUGAGCUCUUGGAUCACACAGGCUGGUCAUCCUGUGCUGAAGGUUGAUAUCGAUUAUGAGACUGAUACUGUUACUUUGAGUCAAAAACGUUACUACUUCAAUUCGUCCGUUGCAUCAACUGAAAUCUACAAGAUACCUAUAACGUAUACGACACAAAUGUCUCCAGAUUUUAAUGACACGAAGCCUGUGUUCAUUAUGGAGAACAAAACACAUGUGUUCCAAAUAGCCAAUAUAAGUAACGAACAUAGCUGGGUCAUAUUCAACGUGCAGGAAACGGGCUUAUACAGGGUCAACUACGAUGAUCACUCCUGGCAAAUUAUAAUAUCAGCUCUGAAAAGCAACGACAGCAAGAUCAUCCAUCAUUUGAAUCGCGCUAAGAUUAUAAACGACCUCUUCGCCCUCGUAUAUGCUGAUGAAUUAUCCUUCUCAACGUUAGACAGUGCUUUAGGCUCUCUUUCUUUAGAGUCGGAUUACUCCGUAUGGUAUGCUGCUCUGCGGGGCUUCAGCAAGUUGUGGCAUUAUUACCAAGGCGAUGGUGAAACUUUGCCUUACCUGGAGCAAUACAUACUACGUUAUUUAGACAUUGGAAUAUCAAAACUGGGUUAUGAACCAAAGAGUACCGACAGUUUUGAAGAUCUGAGGAACCGCAUGCAGCUUUUGGAGUUUGCUUGCAAGUUGGGCCAUAGUGGAUGCGUUGAGAACUCCGUGGCCUUAUUCAAGGGUUUAAGACAAAAUGGCACUGAGGUGUCACCGAGCCUCCGACCUGUGGUCUACUGCACUGGCUUGCAUCAUGGAGAUGCAGAAGACUACGAGUUCUUAUGGAACCGCAUGCUCAGUGCAAACGUGGCGAAUGAAGUGUGGGUCAUAGGAGACGCUUUGGGGUGCACCUCUAGUGAUACUAUGAAAGCCAGAUAUCUUCUAUCAGUAACAUCGGAGAAUACUCCGAUAAGGACUCAGGACCUCACAGUGCCGCUGACCAGUGUUCUAAGGACUUACGAAAAUCGCCACAUCGUCAUGAAUACUUUGCUGUCCAACUAUACGCAGUUUAGUUCUGUAUUCGAACCAAUGGAUACGGUUUUAAGCACCGUGGCUUCAGUCCUGCACUCGGAAAAUGAUUUUGACGAGUUCGAAUCGUUCCUGUCAGCCUGUACCGAAUGUACUGAAAGUGCCAAAACUGCUGCAAGGAAGACUCUAGAACAAUCCAAGUCUUCCACUGUUUGGGCCAAGAACCACAAAGCGGACAUCUUGAAUUCCAUCAAGAGCUUUUCCAAUAUGGCCGUCCCGUCAACCAUUUUGAUUAUUUUAGGAUUAGCUGUACUGAUGUUUACUGAAUAUUAAUUAUUUUUCAUUUAUUUUCUUAAAAUAUAAUUGUUUGUAUAUUUGUUAGUUGUUUAAAAAAUAUUUUUAUCGAAUUUAAAACAAUUUGGAAACCUUUUGAAUUUUGAAACGGUUUUAUUUAUAUGUAUUUAUAUGUUUUGUUUAAUACCUUAUUUUAAUUUCAGAAUAGUUUUUUUUUUAUAAUUAUGUAUUUUGUUUCGUUUCAUAUUGUAAAUUACUUUCUAUGUGAAAAAUUAUUGUAAACAUUGUAAUAAGUUUUUUAUAAAGCAGUAUUUAACGUAUAAGAAAUUAGAAUAUUAGUUUAGUUAUAAGCAGAAAGAAGAGAUUCUUCUCCACUAUCAUGUACUUAUAGGUAAGUAAAGAUUAAUCGUGUAUAUUUAAAACAGUAUCUGUACAAUGUACAUAUUUUACUAUAAAUAUAUCUAUUUUCCGUA